AUGGUGGUGAAGAUAAUGGUCAUUGUCCAUCACUCCCAUGACCACGACCACCACCAUGAAUUUGCCCUUGCAGAUGUCCCGCCUUCCCGCGAUCCCUGUCCGGUUGCCCUGACGUCAGGAAGCGCAUGCGCAGAGGAAAAGCAGGAUGCCGAGGAAGAGCGCACCCUCGGCCCCAACCCCACGCUCUCCGAGGCCGGCACCGGGGCAGAAUGGAGUUUCCAGCGCUCGCGGCUUCCCCACGGGGCCUUCACCACACCGCCCCAGCGUUUUGAUUUCGAGAUCGACCCGGACUCCCUGGUUCCUGGACGGAAGCGCUGCAUCCUGCAGGCGGGCUGCUCGCUCUCGGUGCCACUCCCUGUUGGCCUUGCCAGCCUGGGGGGGCUGCGACCUGCCUUGGAGGAAUACAGCCUCACCAUCUUCUUCCAGAUGCCGCCGGAUUUCUCUCCGAAUCCGGGGCAAGUGACAGCCAUCCUGGACUUCCCUCGGGCCGAGGAGGCCAUGUGGGGAGAGCCGAGUGCCCAACUCGUCCUCCUCCACAAUGGGAAGUUGGCUUUGCGUUCGUCGAGUGACGAAGAGUUUAAGCAGCGCAAAGAGAAGGAGAAGGAGGAGAAAGAAAAGAAUGCUCAGGCUCAGAAGGACCGCCUAGCAAAAAAGAAGGCUGCCGCGAAGGCGGCCAAGAAAAGCAAGUCUCGCCCAACAACGCCUGCUGAACCCGAGGAGAAGAAGGAAAAGAAGGAAGACGCGGCCGACAAAGAUGCGGCCAAGACCGCGGAGGGUGAACCCGACUUUCGGACACUUCCCUCCGUCGGGACCUGGUUCACAGGACUUCAUCCCGAGGAAGAGGGCAAGAAGGAGGAGGAGAAAGCAAAGGAAGGUGAGAAGCAGGAGGAUGAAAAGGCGAAUGAGGAUGAGGAAAUCUACAAGUCCUGGUGGCCUCCACCAGACUGCGAAACGGCGGCUGAGGUCGUGAAGCCUGGUCAGCAUGCAGCUCAGCACUCCGAAUCACUUGCAGUGCUUUGCUAUGAUAUUGAGGUGGAUGCUUGA